AUGCCAGUAACCGACACACUUAGGUUUCAGUUCACCAUCCCCAAUUUGAACACAGAAGUUCCUCUUACCAAACGGUGUGUGCUUUCGGUGAUUGCUACACUGUUUGAUCCAUUAGGCCUGUUGGGCGCUGCUAUCACUACAGCGAAGAUCUUCAUGCAGCUGCUGUGGACGUUGCGAGACGAAAAUGACCAACGACUAGAUUGGGACCAGCCGUUACCUCCAACGGUGGGUGAGGCCUGGAGAAAGUAUCACGAGCAACUUCCACUGUUCAAUGAAAUCCGUAUCGACCGCUGCGUUAUCAUCACAGACACGGUAUCUGUGGAGAUCCAUUGUUUUUCGGAUGCCUCGGAGAAGGCAUACGGAGCAUGUCUGUAUCUCAGGAGUGAGAAUGCGGUCGGGGAGGUAAAGGUUAGGCUUUUGACCUCAAAAUCAAGGGUUGCCCCCUUAAAAUGUCAGACGAUUCCUCGGCUGGAGUUGUGUGGUGCACUUUUAGCAGCACAACUCUACGAAAAGGUGGACAAGUCAAUAAAAAUCACGGUAAAAUCAUAUUUCUGGACGGAUUCAACCUGUGUCCUGCGUUGGCUUGCGGCUAAUCCAACGACCUGGACCACCUUCGUCGCCAACCGAGUGGCAAAAAUACAGUCCAUUACACAAGGAUCAAGAUGGAGUCACGUACCUGGUAUCCAGAAUCCGGCAGAUCUAGUUUCGAGAGGGAUUUCGCCAAAUGACAUCGUUCUGAAUACGUUUUGGUGGCAAGGACCGAGCUGGUUAGAGAAGACGGAAGAGCAUAGGCCUCUCUUACCAGAUAAUCUGCCGACAGACAAGGAAGACGAGGAGAAACGACACACGGUGCUAGCUGGAACGGUUUCAUCAAUCGCUGAAUUCAACCAAUUAUACAUUGGUAAAUUUUCGUCGUACAGCGACCUUCUUCGUCGAACUGCCUACUGGCUGCGUCUGAUUAAACUUUUACGAACCCCGCGGAAGGAUAGAAAGGCCCCUACGUUCCUGUCUACUGAUGAGUUAAAGGAGGCGGAAAACACUCUGGUUCGAUUGGUUCAGAGGGAGGUGUUCGUUGAGGAAUGGAAGGCGCUCUCCAAGGAAAAUGCGGUUUCCAAGAGCUCGCCGCUUCGAUGGUUUAAUCCGUUUGUCUCCCAAGACCAGUUGAUCAGACUUGGCGGUCGUUUAAAGCAUUCGAUGGAGUCUGAAAACACCAAACAUCCGGCCGUUUUACCCCCUCGGCACAUAUUUACACGCUUGCUGUUACGGUAUUACCAUGAACGACUUCUGCACGCUGGACCACAGUUGCUGUUGGGAGUUGUUAGGCUUCGAUUUUGGCCGCUGGGAGGCAGGAGUGUAGUUCGGCACAUUAUCCAUCAGUGUCAUAUAUGCUUCCGAUCGAAACCAUCGACCGUACAGCAGUUUAUGGGGGAUCUACCAGCUUCACGGGUCACCGUAUCCCGUCCAUUUUCUCGCACAGGUGUCGACUACUUUGGACCCCUCUAUGUGAGACCAGCUCCAAGGCGUACGGCAGUUAAGGCUUACGUUGCUAUAUUCGUGUGUCUGUGUACCAAGGCAGUGCAUCUCGAAUUGGUCACAGAUUUAUCCACAGAUCGAUUUCUACAGGCACUACGGCGUUUUGUUGUCAGAAGAGGACGAUGUACGGAUAUAUAUUCCGACAACGGCACUAAUUUUGUCGGCGCUCGCAAUAAACUGCAAGAAUUCCUGCGAUUGCUUAAAGAUAGCCAUCAUAACGACAUUGUGUCCAAGCAAUUAGCCAAGGAAGGGAUCCAAUGGCACUUUAGCCCACCGAGUGCGCCACAUUUUGGCGGUAUUUGGGAGGCCGCAGUCCGAUCAGCAAAAAUUCAUCUGCUAAAGGUGGUAGGCGAAACUCCUGUGUCCCCAGAGGACAUGAACACGCUAUUAGUCCAAGUUGAAGGAUGCCUGAAUUCUCGCCCGCUCACACCCAUGUCUGAUGAUCCGAAUGAUCUGCAGCCACUAACCCCCGCACAUUUUCUGAUUGGAGAAUCUCUCCACGCUGUUCCCGAUCCAGAUUUAUCAAGCAUUCCAAUGAAUCGUCUCACCCAAUGGCAGUUAACCCAACAAAGACUGCAGAACUUCUGGAAAAGGUGGCGCAAAGAAUAUCUGUGUCAACUUCAAGGCAGAACCAAACGAUGGAAACCGGCUGUUCGUAUCGACAUUGGAAAACUAGUCGUUAUUAAAGAUGAUAAUCAACCUCCAAUGCGAUGGAAAAUGGGUAGAAUCGUGCAAACUCACCCUGGCGACGAUGGAACCGUGCGAGUAGUUACACUGAAAACCGCUACUGGAAUGCUAACUCGUCCGGUCGAAAAGCUUUGUCUGCUACCUAUUUCGGAUGACAACGACGACAUACAGUCAUCAGAAGUCCACCAUCAGCAAUCCUAG